GAAAAAAAUUGAAAGAAAUUCAAAGUUAGUUUUUUCAAAGAAAAGAACAAAGUCUAAAAGAGGUGAUAUGAAAAUAUUAUUGAGUUAAAUGACAAAAAAGUAGUUAAAGAAAAUUAUUAAAAUUUGAUAAGGGUAUGGUUUUCACUUUUCACUAGUCAAACCGGCCUAAACAAGUUGGCAAGAACAAACCCGGCCUGCAAAAACCAACCUCAAACGAACCCUCAACCGCCGCCCCAAAAAUUUUCAGACCACUGAGAACACUGGCCAUGGAUGACGACGGCGAGGAACCGCCGCUGGCCGUUGAGAUAUCCACCGCUGUCGAUGAAUUUACUCAGCCGUCUACUCUAAUCAGUCACCAUCUAGAAGCCACCGGUUCCCCGCCCGUCGGCGUCACUGUCAUCACCGGCUAUCUCGGAGCUGGGAAAUCGACCCUGAUUAAUUACAUCUUGAGCGCCCAACAUGGGAAGAAAAUAGCCGUGAUACUUAACGAGUUCGGGGAGGAUCUGGGAGUGGAGAGAGCGAUGAUCAAUGAUGGAGAGAGUGGUGGGCUUGUGGAGGAAUGGGUGGAGCUUGCUAAUGGCUGCAUCUGCUGCACUGUGAAACAUAGCUUGGUUCAAGCUUUAGAGCAGCUUGUUCAGAGGAAAGAAAGACUUGACCAUAUAUUGCUAGAGACAACAGGUUUGGCAAACCCUGCGCCCCUGGCAUCUGUUCUUUGGUUGGAUGAUCAACUUGAAUCAUCUGUUAAGCUUGACUCUAUUAUUACUGUAGUCGAUGCAAAAAACCUUCCUUAUCAGCUGAAGGUUCACCAUGAAUCAUCUUCAUUUCCUGAAGCAUACUUGCAAAUAGCAUUUGCGGAUGUUGUGAUUCUUAACAAGGUUGAUCUGGUUUGUCAAGAUGGUUCUGGAUCCAUCCUAGAUGAGCUGGAGAAGGAGAUUCAUGAUAUCAAUUCCCUUGCAAAUAUCAUUCACUCCAUUCGUUGUCAAGUUGACUUGUCCGCAAUAUUGAAUUGCCAGGCGUAUGAUCCGACACAUGUAACUCACUUGGAAGCAUUGUUGGAAGCAAAUAAAUCUUUAACUACUCAAGAUCUUCAUGAUACUGGCAUUAGGACAUUAUGCAUUUGUGAGUCGCAGCAUGUCAAUCUUGAUAAGGUUCAUGUAUGGCUUGAGGAACUUCUUUGGGACAAAAAGGAUGACAUGGACAUCUAUCGUUGUAAGGGAAUUUUAAGGGUCAUUGAUUCAGAUAAGCUCCAUACUCUUCAGGGUGUGAGAGAGAUAUACGAGAUUGUUCCAACACGUGAAUGGAGAAGCGGAGAAAUUCAAAUGAACAAACUUGUUUUCAUUGGUAAAUCAUUAAAGGAAGAUAUUCUGUUGGAUUCUUUAAGAGCUUGUUCAGUGGAAACCUCACAUUGUGCUACACUGGGAAAUGAAUCAUCAAUCACACAAAUUUAGCUUCUUGCAAGAGCUCAUUCAUUUAUGUGUUUGCGUGAUGAGCAGGAGUGACUCAACAGAAUUUACAUCCUCUCUUGUGAUGCUCGUUUGGCGAGGUUUUGAGUUUGAGUCACCGUGAGGAAGAAGAGGUCUAACCCCUGAGCUCCGAAGUUGUGUUCGUAUAAUAUACCUCCAUCAACUCUGCAAAAAGAGGGCCAUUGAAGAAGAUCUAUCAAGGUCAUAACCAGUUAUUGGCUCAAGUUAACUUUUUUCCAGUCAUCAACAAAAUACAGCUUGAAGAGACAGUGGCGAUGUACAAUACAAAAAGACCAUUGGCAGCAGGAAGAAAGCCCUUCUUGAAUAGAAUGUGGCAAUGCAGGCCUUGAAGUCUUUCUGAUACCCUUUACAAAAAAAUAGAUUGCAAGGUUGUUUUGGAAUUUUCUUGAGUUGUUAUUUUUAGUUUAACUGACCAUUGAUAAAACUUUUGUGGAGAUGUUUUAAGAGAUUCAUAUACUCCCACUGUCAAGCUAUGUCUUUUCUUUAAAAAAAAGUAUUUUCACUA